AUGUCCAUAGUCUACAUUAACAUCUUCCUGGCCUUCACCAUGUCACUCAUAGGACUAUUAAUGUACCGAUCCCACCUAAUAUCUUCUCUCUUAUGUCUAGAAGGCAUAAUAUUAUCCCUAUUUAUUAUAAUGGCCGUAGCAAUUCUAAACAAUCACUUUACACUAGCCAGCAUAACCCCUAUUAUUCUACUAGUAUUUGCAGCCUGCGAGGCGGCACUAGGCCUAUCCCUGCUAGUAAUAGUAUCAAAUACAUAUGGUACCGACUAUGUACAAAACCUAAACCUCCUACAAUGCUAA